GUUCAUUGGUUCAUUGGUUCAUAAGAGUUCAUUGGUUGAGUCUACUAUAAUAUUUAGCACUACACGAAGUUUAUGAUUAACUGUUUUAAAAUCAGUAUGGCGUUUCUUCCUGAUGAGUGGCAAGAUGACAAUCGCAUGAACUUCAUGUUCUCCGCUUUUCCAGAGAAUAGAAAUGUCAAUCCGAAGCACUGGGAAAGUAAAUUGCAAUUCUGGAAAAGUGCAAUCACUCGAAGUUGUGACUAUUUUGACAAAUUUGAUUUUGAUAUUGACGUUUUAAAAGCAAGAUUUAAUAGAGAUGGUUUGACACCACUUGGUAUUUGUACAGUUCUAAAUGAAAUGUUGAACAGUGGGGAAAUUGUGAGAAAAAAUGACUUCUUAGAGUCUGUUUAUGAUACAUGGAGUGCAUGGUCUUUGGGAAUAGCAAAAAAGUCGCUCUGGUGGACAUUUGGAAAAGUUUGGCAAACAAAUGAAAUAGACAUAGGGUCGUUCCUACUGCUACACCAAGUCGAAAAAAAGGCUGAGAGAAUUCUUUCAUAUCAUUAUCAAUAUGUCAAACACUCGACGACAGACAAUAUAAUACCAGAGAAUGUGCUAAAAUCACGAUUAAAAGCAGGCAAUUUAGAGUUAUCCGAACACGAGUUUGAGGUUGUUAUUUGUCAGUUAAGAAAGGAAAAAAAACUUUCUGUACAUGUUUUAGAAAAUGGAGAAAAGAUUUUUAAGUUUUCUGACAAAAAUCAAGGCAGGGCAAGCACAGUCACCGAAAAUGAUCUCAAUAUCUUAAAACUUAGGAAGGCCGAAGCAACUACUAAAUUACAAAUAACAAAACUUAACAAAGAAACUGAUGAGUUACAAAGCCUCAUUGUUUCAGCAAACAAUGAUAGACUUAAAAGCAAGGUGAAAAAGUUGUUAAUUCGUAAACAUGCGAUGAUAAAAAUUUUGGAUAAAAAGGAGUCACUGCUAAUGAACAUACAAGACAUACUUCGACAUAUACAAGAAGCACAUUCAGAUGUCAGUGUAAUAGAUGCAUUAAAAGCUGGCGCACAAGUGUUCAAAACAUUAUCUCAAGAAUAUGGUUUAACUAUUGACAAUGUGGAAAAAAUUAUGGGUGAUGUGGAAGAUGUCAUGGAUGAAACUGCUGAAAUAAACAAGACAAUCAGUGAAGGUUCAAAAACAAUUGCAGCUUCAUCAGGUGUGGAUGUUGAAGAUCUUGAACUAGAGGAGGAACUGAAGAAUUUGAUAUUACAUGAUAAAGAAUCUUCUAAAGAUAACAUCAGUGGCAAAGAAAAGCUUAUUUCACAACUUCCAGAUGUACCAAAUUUUAGUCCACAAAAACAACCGGAAACAAAAGAAAGAAUUUUACUAACCAGUUGAAACUCCCCAACAACUGGAUUCAGCAAAAAAUAAAAAUAUAUAAAGUGCAUGAUUGCACAAAAUGUGGAAUAGACUUUGAUACUACCAAUCAAAAACUAUAUUGAAUUACAAUAAUGAUAAUAUCCAAUGUACAAACACACAUUCACUCACUCUACAUUUUCUCUUUGUAUAAGCAGAGUAAGUCCACUUAAAAAACUAAUACUAAUUUUCAAUGAUCAUGGUGCAAUUUACCUGAAAUUAAAAAGCUAUUUCAUUCAAGGCAAAA